AUGGAUGUGCCAGACAUUCCAGAUUCAUCUCCCCGGAGUGGCGAAAACUCUCCUCUUCUCGCAGCCUCCCCUGCGCCCUCGAUAGUGGACUCGGAUGCGCGAGACCCCUCGACCUCAACCGCUCGUAGACUGUAUCUCUCCCACUUUCUAUCCACCUGGAACUCUCGCGUAUUUGAAUUUGGGGCCGUCAUAUACCUCACAUCUAUCUUUCCGGGAACGCUGCUGCCAAUGUCAAUCUACGCCUUUGUGCGAGGACUUUGGGCGAUCGCAUUCGCUUCUGCCAUUGGUGCUUUCAUAGAUCGGGAGAAUCGUCUCAAGGUUGUCAGGAUAUCCAUUAUCUCCCAGCGUCUCUCAGUCGCAAUGUCAUGUGCAAUCUUCUACUGGCUCGCCAAGUCUCCUUCGACAGACCGGACUGUCCUGGUCCUGGCGAUGGUUGUCCUCGCCCUUCUGGCUUGCAUAGAGAAAGUCGGUUCCAUUGCGAAUACCGUUUCUGUCGAGAAAGAUUGGGUAGUGGUGGUCGCCGGCGACGACUCGUCAACUCUCGCCACGCUCAACUCCCAAAUGCGUCGUAUCGACCUGGUCUGCAAGCUAUUGGGACCGCUGUGCAUCGCCCUCUUAGACGGAAUACUUGGCCAUCGCCCAAGUAUAUUCUCGGGACGACCGGCUGAAAGUACCAAAGUCGGUUAUCGCCUUUCAAACCACGAGAUUGCCGCCGGUCUCCAUUACCGACUCCUCACCCCCGCCUACUCCCCCGUCUGUGCUGCCUGCGCAAACGAGUCUGACCUUGGUCACGACGAAGUCUGCCGCCUCCGCGAGACAUGGUCCAUCCGCCGCCACGACUCGAUCAACCGAGUCAUUCACUCCUACCUCUCCCGCGUCGCCGGCGCCGUCGUCACACUCGAACCCUCUACCCAAACCGGGCGACGAAGAAACGACCUUAGGGUGCGAGGAGGCGGAGGAGGGCUGAGGAACGUCGACUACGACCUCAAGGUGUACGGGCUGGAGGACAAGAGCGUGUAUGUGGUUCAGGGAGGGAAGCCGAGGGAGAUGGAGUGGAUCGACUGGGUGCGAGGACGGAUGGUGGCGUGGUUGAGCAAGAGGGACGCAGAGGUUGUCGAUAAGGCGCCGAGGAUCUACGGGGGGGCAUUCCGCCCCCUUGUACUUUCGGCGGGCGGUCUCAUGAGCGAGGAAACGGCGGUGGAAUGGCGUAGUUGGCGGAAGUGUCUAGAGAAGGAAGUGUGGCACGGGCUGCAUAGUAGGGUGGCGAUAGAGUUAGUGAAGGCGAGGGGGAGGACGUUGUGGAUGUAG